AUGAAACAGAAGGUUCUCACCGUGCUUAUGCUUGCUAUUCCUUCCUUCCUAGCUUUCGGAAUUCUCAGCAGAGCAGCAAAAACUGUUCAAAGUUUCAAUUCCAACGGCUUCCAAAUGUUCGGUCUGAAAUUCGACUUUGGAGUUUACGGCUACAUUAUUAUGACUUCCUUUGUUUGUACUUUUUAUGCUUUGGGAACCUUAUGGAUCAUAUAUAAGUGCUACAAGUUCUAUACCGGCUGCUUUGGAGACUUGCCUCCAGGACCAUUCGCUUUACCUCUUCUUGGAAAUACUUUACAAAUUGAUACCCGCCAUCCUGCUCGGACGAUGUCUAAAUGGAAAGCAGAGUUUGGAUCAGUCUUCACUGUUCGGUUACCUCAACCAAUGAUUGUCUUGGCAGAUCACUCCGUUUUGAAGGAAGCUCUUAUAACGAAAGGUCAAAGCUUUACUGGACGACCGACUGGAUACGUCUGGUCCAUGUUCACUCAUAAUGACCAAAACGGUGAUGGAAUCAUCUUAUGCCAAGGAGAACGUUGGGAGCAACUUCGGGAGUUUUCUCAUAAAAUGUUCAGAAGUGCCAUGGGAGAAAAGCUGAUGGAAUCGAAAGUCCUUGUCCAAACUCAAAAUAUGAUUGAAUAUAUGGAUGGUUUAAUCGGGGAUCAUGACCACAUUACAGUAGACAUGGAGUUAAUCAUAUCACAAGUGGUUGGAAAUAUCAUUCAAGAUUUCGUUCUCGGUCAUUACUUCGCUAUUGGGGAUCGUCGGUUUUUCGAGUUCAAGAGCUUGAUUGAUCAAAUAUUAGCAGAUGUUGCGUCAAAGCCUGUUCAACUUGUCAAUGCUUAUCCAAUUCUUGCUAAAUUACCAAUUCCAGCUAUUAAAAGAUAUCGUGAAAAUGGAUUCCGCCUACAAAGAUACUUCUUGGAUGCUAUUGAGACUCACAAGAAAACCCUGAACUUGGAUGGUGAAUCUGUUGACUUCAUCGAAUCAUACCUUCGUGAAAUGGUCACUACUAAGAAAGGAAACGCCCAUUUCAAUGAGCUUUCUUUGGCAUUAGCAGCUGGAGAUCUUUGGACUGGAGGAAUGGAAACCACUGUAACAACACUCCGAUGGGCAAUUGUUUAUAUGCUUCAUAAUCCUCAUGUCCAAGAAAGAUGUUAUCAAGAAGUUGAGAAGGUCUUUGGAUCAGAAGUUCCUACUUAUUCUGCACACAAGCAAGCCCCCUAUGUUGAAGCUACGAUUUCUGAAACAUUGAGACUGGCUAAUGUACUUCCCUGGGCUAUUCCACACCGUACCACAACUGAUGUGAAAAUUCAAAACCACUUCAUCCCAGCCGGAUCAGUGAUACUGCCUCAAUAUGGAACUCUCCAGUUCGACCCCACAGUUUUCCCAGAGCCAGAGAAAUUUAAUCCUGACAGAUUCAUCCAAGAUGGCUGUUACGUGAAAAAGGCCGAGUUGAACCCAUUCGGAAUGGGAAAACGAUCGUGCCUUGGAGAAAAACUUGCACGUUAUGAGCUGUUCUUGAUUUUGACAACUCUUCUCCAAAACUACGAAUUCAUAAAAGAAGAAGGAAAAGGCCUACCAUCAUGUGACCGCAGUGAGGGAAUGACAAACGUGCCCAAACACUAUAAUGUUAUAGUUCGCAAACGCGUUCACAAAGUAUAA